UCUAAUUUGACCUUUCAGUGCUGCCGUAAACCAGGAAGUCGCGUGUGUUGCAUAGCCUCAAAAACAAACAAAUCAAAGCUAUUUUUUAAAAAAAAAUCAAAACACACGCCAGAAAUGGACAGCUCGAACAUAAAGCCUCCCAUUAACGAUUCCCGCUGUGUAUUUUUUAACACAAAUUCAGAGGACUAUCGAUGCGCGGUGAUAUUAACAGUGAAAAGAGCCACGGGAACGUUCUCAUUGGUGGGAUGCGUGUUUAUGCUCUUUGUGAUCUGGCUGCUUCGCCGCUACCACUCCUUGGCUCAGAAAAUGAUUCUCAGUUUGACUGUCGCCGCCGCCUUUGACAGUUUAGCGUACGUCAUGGGUGAAUCUCAUCCUGAGGGAUCUCUCUGUGAUUUUCAGGCCUGGUGGCUAACAUACUUUGACUGGAGUGCCUUGGCCUGGGUUUGCCUUAUCACUAUCAACCUUUACUUCAACCUAGUCAGAGAGACCAGCACCAACGCGUAUGAAAUGUUUUACCAUCUGAUCGCGUGGGGGGUGCCCUUGGUCAUGUCCUCCUUGCCGCUGUUCAAAGGUUACUACGGCCCGGCAGGAGCUUGGUGCUGGAUCACAGACGAUCACGUAGCCUGGAGAUUUGGGAUAUGGUACGUGCCUCUGUUCACACUCAUCCUGCUGAUGAGCUGUUGCUACGCCAGGAUCAUCUGCGUGGCAAAUAACCGGAUGCAAUCGUGGCUGGGAACGUUCAACCCGGAGCGAGAGAGACGGAAGGUUUCCCUGGCUGAGGAAAUCAAGCCGCUGAAGUGGUAUCCGUCUGUUUACCUGCUGGUGUCAAUCUUCCCACUCAUCAACAGGCUUCAUAAUGCCCUCCACCCACUGGAUCCAUCCUUCUCCCUCACUCUGUUGCACGUCCUUUCUGCUCCUCUCCAUGGCUUGGCCAACGCCUUUGUGUUUGGCCUGGAUCGGGACUGGUGGAGCCUACUUAGCCUCGGAGGCAUGCAGCUCGCUCUGCAGUCGCGGCUGUGCGACAGGACGCGGAUCGGCGAGUACCACGCCGGCACCGUGCGUUACACUCAAGCCGACCUGAGCGACGACGAGGACGACGACACGCUCUUUUACGCGCCUAACAUGACCCUGAAAGACCGAGGGCCCUGAGGGAAACAAAGGCGGCCGAGAUCAGCGGGAGGAAAAGAGGCGGCGGCGGCGGCUUCCUGACAAAGAGAAAUGUGCUGGAUUAGAAAGCGAGAGGGAGGCGAAGGAGGUAGGCAGAGAAUGGAAGGCAAGAUUGGGGGGAAAGUCAGGCAGAUAGAAGCCGGAGAUGAGCUGUCAGGUUCCAUUAUUAAUCCCCAUCCUUUACUAUUUAAUAUCCUAAAGACGCGCGCGCGCACAUACUGAGCAGGCCCGCCUGCAAUACCACAACCUCAGGACAAAAAAAAAAAGAUCCUCGCCGCGUUAAAAAGGCUUCCGCAGCAUCCCCGAGGUCUUAAAACAUUCCUCAUCACUGCCCCCAGGACUCCCUCAAUCCACACUUUUGGCACGCCACCAGGAUGGAGCGGGAAAGGAGAAAAAAAAACACUGAAAGGCAAUCAUAACAAGACGCAAUUACCUUUUCACCUCUCCGCAGGAGACGAGGUGGAAAAACAGGCCUUUUUUUAAAAUGCCGUCGCGUGCCACGCAUAAUUCUUGCAUUCUGGAGCGCCGCGACUUCCCCGGCUUUUAUUAUACAUGAGCCGGUUUCCGCAGCGGGAAAUAAGCAUUCACGCCUCCUGCCUUCUGCCUCGGACUAGUAUUUGCUUCUGCCUUUUGCCAUGGAAAACAUGCAUUUUAUUGUUUUCCAUCCACAGAAGUUAAAUUUGUCUUCGAAAUCUUCAGCAGUGGGAUCGAACUCACAACCUGUGUUACCAUAAUGUACCCCCUGAAAAAAAAGAUUAAGACAAAACAAAAAAAUGACCUAUACAUACAAAACAAAAUCCACACACAGUCUCAGUGUUGUUUUUGGCAGCCCUUUUAACUCAUUCACUCCCAGCCAUUUUCACCGGCGCAAGGCCCUUCGCUCCCGGCCGUUUGACUGGAUUUUGACUGAUUUUGCAAGGCUCAACGAAAAUUCUGUUCUAUUGCUAUAUAAAUAUGGAACCCACCAAAAGAAAGAUUGCUCUUUUCUUUCAUCAGGAUAAAAAAAGGUCAUUUAUAUCUUUUUCCAUUCUUUAGAAAUCAGCAUUAGAAAAUAGCUUAGUUUGAGCAAUUUUCUUCAAAAUUUCAGAUGAAAAAACUGAAAAAUUGAGCUUUUUGUAAAAGCAUACCGUAAUUUUCGGACUAUAAGCCUCUACUUUUUUCCUUCAUUUUGAACCUUAAGGCUUAUAAUCCAGUGCGGCUUAUUUGUUGAUUUAUUUGGGUUAAUAGGUAAUACUUUAUUUGACAGCGGAUCAUAACACUGUUAUAAGACUAUCAUAAUUAUGACAUGACACAAUCAUUGGCAUUAUUGAAUGCUUAUAUCUUUAAGUGUCAUUCGGCGAAUUUAGUCACUAAUUCAAUUUAUGUCCAGCUUGGAUCUUUUACAUCCAUUCAAAAGUGAAAUAAUUUGCCGGAUAACACUAAAUGGCAUCUGUCAUAAGCAUUCGUUCAUGCUCAUGACAGUGUAAUGUCAUAAUUAUGAUUGUCUAAUGACAGUCUUAUGGCGCCACUGUCAAAUAAAGUGUUACCAAUUACCAUAACUAAAAACAACUGGAACAGUAACUGAAGAAAUAAUUAUCACAGAACAUGAAUUUUGACUGCUAUUUACAUCUGUAGCGGUGCAAUGCAUGCUAGGAGGCAUGUUCGACAACAACAGUGUUGACAGCAGGUGGCAGCAGAGGUUGAUUGUCUCCCUAAGGGAGCAGUGAUGGCCAAAUGAAGCUUCUUGAAGCAAUGAAUCCAUGGUGGUUCAUUUGGUCGUAUGACAGUCGUAUGAUGCCGCUGUCAAAUAAAGUGUUACCGUUUAAUAUAUUUUUUGUUUAAAUAUCCCAUAAUACAGUGAGUACAGCUGCGGCUUAUAGUCCAGUGCUGCUUAUCUAUGAACAAAUGCCAUUUUCGUUCCAAAUUUGGUGGAUGGCGGCUUAUAGUCAGGUGCGCCUUAUAGUGCGAAAAUUACUGUACAUUUCAAACAUAACUGACUUGAGCUUUUUGUAAAAGCAUACAUUUCAAACAGAACUUUGACUUUUAACACAGCUAUUUUUCACUUUUGUGACAUCCCAAACAUCUGAAUAAUGUUUUCGUUCGGCAAAAUAACAUAAACAACAAGACAAAUAGAGCUUUUGAUCGCAAAGUAACAAUUUAUUUUCACAGAACUAAACUAUUGAACUGUUGAACUACCAUAUUGGCCCAAAUAUAAGAUGGCCCUGAUUAUAAGAUGACGCCCUCUUUUUCAAGACUCAAUUUAAAAAAAAAAAGACGUUUUUAACACCAAAUUAAUUUUUAUACAGAAAAUAAUUACAGUACAUCCGAAACCAAAGAUUAUAACAAUAUAUUUGAGAGAAAAAACAUGUUAUUUUGCCUCAUUCAAAUCUUAAUAACUGAACAUUUAAAUAUGUAAACUAAAGUGCAAUCACAUUCAGAAAUGAAUGGCUUCUGGUUUUUUAAAUGUAAAUAAACCAAUAUAUUGUGAUGAAACAACAAAAUUGCGAUAACGGCAUUAACCAUCAAAGUGAAGUCUAACUGUAACUGUAGUCUUGAAACAAAUCUGAAUAAGGAAAAACAUUGCAGUAAAAUACUGAAAACUGGUUAAACUAAAAAGAGUAGCUGAGAUCUGUCAUGACAGAAUAUCACUUCAAUGAUAUCUGGUGCCAUCUAGCGUCGUGAAUGGGGAGAGUAGCUGAGAUCCGUCAUGACAGAACAUCGCUUCAAUGAUAUCUGGCGCCAUAUACAGUGGGGCAAAUAAGUAUUUGGUCAACAUCAAUUGUGCAAGUUUUCCUGCUUGAAAAGAUUAGAGAGGCCUGUAAUUGUUAACAUGGGUAAACCUCAACCAUGAGAAAAACAGACAACCACAUUGUUUGAUUUUUAAAGAAUUUAUUUCCAAAUUAGAGUGGAAAAUAAGUAUUUGGUCACCUACAAACAAGCAAGAUUCCUGGCUGUCAAAAGAGGUCUAACUUCUUCUAAUGAGGUCUAACGAGACUCCACUCGUUACCUGUAUUAAUGGCACCUGUUUUAACUCUAUCGGUAUAAAAGACACCUGUCCACAAUCUCAGUCAGUCACACUCCAAACUCCACUAUGGCCAAGACCAUAGAGCUGUCGAAGGACACCAGAGACAAAAUAGUAAACCUGCACCAGGCUGGGAAGACUGAAUCUGCAAUGGGUAAAACGCUUGGUGUAAAUAAAUCAACUGCUGGAACAAUUAUCAGAAAUUGGAAGACAUACAAUACCACUGAUAAUCUCCCUCGAUCCGGGGCU